GAUUGCAGAGGUAAAUAUACAGUCUAUAUAUCUGUGCCUAUCUGAUUAUCGAGAGAGAGAAGACGGCAGAGAGAGAGAGAGAAGAGGGAGAGAGAGAGAGAGAGAGAGAGAGAAUGGAGAGUAAAGGGAGAGGCAUGACGGUUCUGAUGUUCCCCUGGUUAGGCCACAGCCACGUAUCAUCAUACCUCCAGCUCGGCAAAAGACUAGCCAGAAGAGGCGUCUCCGUCCACCUAUGCUCCACGCCAGUCAACCUAAACUCCGUCAAGAAAACCCUAGACAACAAUCCCUCCAUCAAAACAAUAGACCUCAAUCUCCCCAACCUCCCGGAACUCCCUCCUCACCACCACACAGUCAACGGCCUCCCGCCGAACCGCCUCUCCACUCUCAAGAAGGCCUUCGACAUGGCCGCCCCGGAAUUCUCCCAGAUCCUCCAAACCCUAAAACCGGACUUGCUGAUUUCUGAUGUUUUUCAAUACUGGGCGCCAGAAAUUGCUGUGUCUCAGAAUGUCCCAUCAGUUGUAUACAUCACAUCGGGCGCGGUGACGUUCUGUUACUUUUAUCAUUUACAGAACAACCCUCAGUCCCCUUUCCCUUUUCCGGAAAUAUAUUUGACGGAUUAUGAGAAAGCGACGAAUGAGAAGAUCUCGAAAGUGAAUGCUCAGGGCAUGGGGACUCCGGAACGUGUCAGCUCUUGUGUUAGGCAAUCGCAAUUGGUUUUAGUCAAGAGCUGUGAUGAGAUUGAGGAGAAGUAUAUCAACUAUCUCUCUAGUCUCUGUGGGAAAAAAGUUCUGCCAGCUGGCCUAAUUGUUUCUGAAACUGUUGAUUGGAAAGAGGAUGAUGAGGAUACCGCGAUUUUUGAAUGGCUUGACAAGAAAGAUGAGGCGUCCACAGUGUUUGUUUCCACCGGGACGGAGUGUCACUUGUCGAAGGAAGAUGUGGAGGACAUAGCGAAUGGCCUAGAGCUAAGCGGCGUGAACUUCAUAUGGUUUGUUAAGUUUCCUGAUGGGGAUUUCAUGGGGGAGUUUCUUGAAAAAUUCCGUGAAAGAUGUAUUGGAGAAAAGGGAAUGAUUUUGGAGACAUGGGCACCACAGGCGAGGAUAUUACAGCAUUCAAGUAUUGGGGGGUUCGUGAGUCAUUGUGGAAGGGGUUCUGUGACGGAAGCACUGGCAUAUGGCGUUCCCAUAAUUGCGAUACCAAUGCAAUAUGAUCAGCCGCUAAAUGCUAGAGUGUUGCAGGAGGUUGGGGUGGGCGAGGAGGUUAAGAGAGAUAGCAGUGGGAGGCUUCAAGAGGACAAUGUUGCGAAAGUCAUAAAGAAAAUUGUGUUCGACCAGGAUGGGGAUGAAAUAAGGAGGAAGACCAAAAAUUUGAGUACGAGCCAGAAGGAGAACGGAGACAAAUAUUUAGAUAUAGUUAUGGAGGAAUUGCAUAAACUUUGUAAUAUCUAGUCGGAGAAGAGUUUAUAUGGUUUAAAUGUGCGUGUUUAAGAAUUUUAUUCAAUAACAAUAAAAAAUAAAUUUGGAUCUGCA